AUGGAUAUCAAGGAUAGAACCAAUGAGUUCCAGCAAUGUGUACUCGUAGUCAAAAAGCAGCAUAAAAACAUAAUACCAAAUGAAAAAAAAAAUCUGAAUGCAGAGGCUGGUACUAAUGAUUCUUCUAAUGGCAAAAAAUCUGAAUUUCAAUUGAGAGCAUCUGGUAUCGCUCAUGAAAUUUCAAGUGCUGCUCAAUUGUUGUCCAAGUUGGCUAUUCUAGCAAAGAGAAAGCCUAUGUUUAAUGAUAACCCGGUUGAGAUUGCAGAAUUAUCCUUUUUAAUCAAAAGAAAAAUAUAUUCGAUAGAACAAAAUUUAGUAGAAUUAAGUAAAUUCCAAAGAGCAAACAAGUAUAAUAUUAGUGGUAAUAAUAGUAGUCACGAUUCAAAAGAUGGUCCGAUUUUACAUUCCAGAAAUGUUAUGAAUUUAUUAAAUACUAAAAUGAAAAAUAUUUCUGGAGAUUUUAAAAAUGUAUUAGAAGAAAGACAAAGACUUGAAAUUGCUAAUAAAGAAAGGUGGGCAAAGAUAUCGGUGGACGCUUCUGAAAAUGAUACAAGAAAUAAUAAAGGACAAUCAGAUAAUCGUAACACAUAUGAAAGCAAUGAUUUAACAUCUUAUAAUAGUUCGAAUCCAUUUCUAUCAAACCUCAUCGAUGAUGAAUCAAAUAAUACUUCGUACAAUAAGACAUCAAACAAAAAUGAUAAUACACUUAUGUCAUUAUCUCAAAACUCACAGUCUCUCUUAUUGCAAAUGGAAGAAGGUACGAUGGACAAUGCAUAUUUACAAGAGAGAGAUAGAGCUAUGGAAACAAUAGAAUCUACAAUUCAAGAAGUUGGUAGUUUAUUUCAACAAUUAGCUUCCAUGGUUCAAGAGCAAGGUGAGACCAUCCAAAGAAUUGACGAAAACGUCAAUGAUAUUGACUUAAAUAUUACAGGUGCACAAAGGGAAUUAGUGAAAUACUUUGAUAGAAUUAAGAGUAACAGAUGGUUAACUGUGAAGAUUUUUUUCAUUAUAUUCGUAUUUUUCCUAAUUUGGGUACUAGUUAAUUGA